AUGAGCGCCCUGUCCGAGUCCGUCCUCAUCUCCAGUAAUACAACUAUUGAUGAGGUCGUACAGAAGUGUGAAUACACGGAAAUCGAUCUUCUGAUCGAGUCGCCUGGUUCAAUUCAAACGAGCUUACAGUUGAUUUUAAAGACGAGAACAAUGAAUGAAGUGGAUUAUCGUCAACGUAACGGCACUGAGAGUCAGCCUUUUGAAGGAAAGCCGCAGAUCAAACCGCAUCAGCUGCAGAAUGCUGAUAUCAACCAAACUACCGAGUUUCCUGCUGAUAUCCAACAGCUGUUGGUGAUUAAAGAAGAGGUUCCCCCAGAAUGGAGCCCCUCUGAGGACCAGUGGUCCCAAGAGCCCCUGCGCAUAAAGGGGGAGCGUGAGGAACUGUGCACCACUCAAACAGCAGAACACCUUAAAGGGCUGGAGGACACUGAUACCAGCAGGCUCCCAUUCACUGCUGCUCCUGUGAAGAGUGAAGAUGGUGAAGAGAAACCUAAUCCUUCAGAGCUUCAUCAUCAUCAAACAGUUAAACAAAUAAAAACUGAGACCGAUGGAGAUGACUUUGGAGGGCCAGAAUCAGCCAGAAACCUUGAUACAAAAACUACUUUACAACCUAAUGAAGUGGAAAAUGAUUCAGACUCCUCUGAGACUGAACUCAGUAACGAUGGCGAUGAAUGGCAGGGACCUUUGUCAGAUUUUAGACCUGACACUGAAGACAGUGACAAUGACUGGGAGGCAAGCAGGUCACCUGAGUCAGGUGUAAAUUGUCACGUGGGAUGUGACACUACCAAAAAACCCUUUAGCUGCUCCGAGUGUGGAAAACAUUUUCUCCACAGGCAGUCUCUCCACAGACACAUGAGAAUCCACACUGGAGAAAAACCUUUUUGUUGUGCUGUUUGUGGCGAGAAGUUUAGCAGGAAGACACAUUUUAAGACGCACAUGAGAGUUCACACAGGCGAAAAACCUUUUGAUUGUGGUUUUUGUGGUAAAAGGUUCAGCCAGAAGUCAAAUUUUAAGGAACACUUACGAGUCCACACAGGAGAGACUCCAUUUGGCUGUGAGGCUUGCGGGAAAAGAUUUAGAGUUAAUUUUACUCUUAAAAGACACAUGCGAGUCCACACGGGAGAAAAACCGUUUGUUUGUGUUGACUGUGGAAAGACAUUCAGUUCCAAUACGCACCUUAAGACACACACGAGAGUCCACACGGGAGAGAAACCAUUUAGCUGUGGUGUUUGCGGCGAGAGAUUUGCACAGCAAGGGGUUCUGAAGAGUCACACCAGAGUUCACACAGGUGAGAAGCCUUUCGGUUGUGGUCUCUGUGGAAAGAGAUUUAGACAGCAGAAUACUCUCAAGAGACACAUGAGCGUCCACACGGGAGAGAAGCCGUUCUCCUGUGACGUCUGUGGCGAAAAAUAUACCAGACAGGGAAGUUUGAAGAGGCACAUGAAUGUACACAUAUGACAGAUGUUGUACAACUGCAGCUUCAACAACUGAAUCACAUACCUGUCAUUUUGUGCCUGAACAUCUUGAAACUUUUGGGUUAUAAACACUGGACUUCUGUAACUGUUUUCUGGCCUUUGAUGGACCGGGCUUCUCUCAGUCUGUCUCACUGAUGUUUGAUCGAAUGUAUAAACACUACAUGACACUAAAUAAUGAAGUACUAAUAUUACUGAAACAGUAAUCUAAAA